CUCUCCACCCCCUGUAGGUAUACAUCUCACCAUAAUGUCACUUGGAAAUCCAUGCCAGCAAGCCUGCUGGGGGGACGAUGUCCCUGCGAAGACCUGCUGUCUGGUCUGAUUAGCUUGGACAGUCCGCUCGAGCACCUGUAGCUUCCCCGGUUUCACUGUCCUCCGACAAGGGUGACUGCACCAGCCAAACCUGGUGGCAAAUCUGAAGCAGAGUGGACAUCAAGCGCCCAAGUUCCUUGAUAUCAGGGCGAAUGCCACUGUACCACUGUGGCUGAUGGAGGAAGCGGCAAAAGCAUCCUGCUGCAGGAAAGCUGAGAGGGCAAGCCUGAGGGAAGGCCAACUUCACCUAUUAGUUUUGAAUCAGGAUCCAAUUAAGAUGGGUGACCUUGCAUAUCCCAAGCUUGCAAUAGCAAAAACAAAUGAUUGUGCCCUGAAAAAAAAGGAGCAGCAAUGUGCCAAUUCCAUACUCAAAAACAACCAACGCAAAGAGUGCUGGUCUCUCUGUGUGCUGUACGUGGAAGAGAGUCAGAUCGAAUACUGCGUGAGGAGCCUGCCUCUGUGUUUGUGUGCUACCAACUACUACUUGCACUGGAUUUAAAGCAUCUUCACUACAGCCUGCAAGUGGGGAUGAAAAGCUAUCCAAACUGACAUUCAGGAAAAAGGCAGAGAAAGACAAAAAAAGCAAAGUUGGCAGCUCUCUGAAGCCCUGUUGUGGAAAGAUACAAAAAGAGCGUAACAAACGAGCAGAUCAGAAUCAGCUCUGUUUAGGAAGUAUGUAUAAUUCGGCAUGUUUCAUCAUCCUGUCAUGGGUGUUUGCUGUGCUUGUGUUCCCAGGAGUUCCAGCCAGAACCGGAGAUUCUGUAUUAAAGGACAACAUAACCGUCAGACAGGGGGACAGCGCCGUCUUAAAAUGCAAUGUGGACAGCAAAGUAUCACGAGUGGCGUGGCUCAAUCGCACCACCAUCCUCUUCACAGGAAGUGAGAAGUGGUCUCUGGACCCUCGCGUCAUCCUGAUGGAGAACACAGCAGUCACAGAGUACAGCAUUAAGAUCCAAAAUGUUGACAUCCAUGACGAAGGGCCUUAUGUCUGCUCAAUCCUCACAAACAAGAAACCAAAAUCCAUAAAAGUGCAUCUCAUCGUUCAAGUACCCGCCAGGAUCACUAACAUAUCGAAGGACAUCACAGUGAAUGAGGGCAGCAACGUCAAUCUUAUGUGCCUGGCUGUCGGCCGACCUGAGGCAAACAUCAUAUGGAAGCAUCAUUCGCCAAGUGGUACUCAUGCAUUUGUGACAGAGGGGGAACAUCUGGAGCUGACAGCCGUCACCAAAGAGCAGUCAGGAUCAUAUGAAUGCAUUUCUUCUAAUGAUAUUUCAAUCCCUGAUGUCAGGACAGUGCAAGUCACAGUCAACUAUCCUCCCUUCAUUUCUAAAGCGAGGAGUACGGGUACUCCAGUUGGACAAAAAGGAGUCCUGCAAUGCGAAGCCUCUGCUGUCCCGAGGGCAGAUUUUGAGUGGUACAAAGAAGACAGUAGGCUCUUCAAUGGACUAAAUGGGGUUAAGAUAGAGAAUCAAGGCAAACAGUCGAUGCUCGUCUUUUUCAACGUCUCGGAAGAAGACUAUGGAAACUACACUUGUGUUGCAGUGAACACUAUGGGAAUCACUAAUGCCAGUAUAAUACUUUAUGGUCCCGGUGCAAUGCAUGAUGUGAAUGGGGCCGCUGUGUUGCCCCGUUUCUCCGUAUGCCUCCUGCUGACUGUAACCGUACCCUACCUGCUGAAGUUCUGAUGUGAGAUUGAUAACCUUCAAGCAUCUCUCAGCAUUGAGCAGCAAGAACAGACUUUUAGUCCUAUAAGAAGAAUGGAAAUUUAAGAGUGCCGAAGGUUCACCCUUAGUUUUCUUUCUUUUUCUUUCUGGUUUGCAUCACAGAGUCUGUUCUCUGUUGGCUCGCCAAGAGUGAGAGGAGCCAAUCUGAUGAAGGGAAAAAUGUGUGCACUAAUUUGAUGAUGGUAGAACUACUGAGUUUGUGUCUCCCCAAACAUUUUUGUAUGUGAAAUGGGAAAAAGAAGAAAAAUACAUGUAACUGUUGAUAGUUGACUGUUUAUUGCCCAAUAUUGAAGUGUACAUUCAGAUAUUAUUAUUAUUAUUAUUAUUAUUAUUAUUAUUAUUAUUAUUAUUAUUAUUAUUAUUAUUAUUAUUAUUAUUAUUGUAUCAUGUCCUGUUCAAUAUCUGUACAAUACCAUUAAGCUUUUUUAAGUAAAUGACAAAAAAGGAAAAAAUGCAAUGUGAUUGUUGAAUUUACUGUAUUUUUACAGUUGUAUGCAAAACAGAGUAACAUGACCUUCAUGAUAAACAGUUCAUAAUAAUAAAUAGUACACCAUGAUUUCUCAGGCAAAGUCCUACAGCAUAGUGCAUCCACAUUUUGAUUUCCAUCCUAGUGUGUGUAGAAAAUGUACAAAUGUGUACAGACAAUUCCUGCACUGUUGUUUUUCAAAAUGCAUUUUCAUCAGAUGGCAUUUUUGAAACAUCUAAUCACAGUGUCAUAGCAGCUUCACGGCAGAUUCACACUGAGAACUGAGACUCUGAAAUGAGAUGUCAGACAUGUGAAGUGUCAUCUAGGACAGAAGUGCUGCUCAGAGCUACAGUAAAGUUUAAAGUUGAUUACCGGUACAGAUAACCCACACGUAGUGCUGAUUAGCAACAUGACACUGAACUGACUUCUUUGCUGGUCAUAAUUGGGUAAACUAAAUUGAAUUUGUAAAAUAACUUUUUCUUAAACAUCCUGAUGACAUUUCUGGCUUUUAAAGUCUUGUGUUAAAGUAGCACUAGUAGGAAUUAUGCUGAUGGUAUGUUUUGAGUUAAAAAAUGCGCAAGUAUACAAACAUAUUUAAUAAAUGGCCUUUAAGUUUCUCAGGCAGCCACAGUGGUUCUGACGUUCUCUUGGUGGACCAGUGGGCUUUAUGCAAUUGAGGCUUAUUUAUUGGAUCCACAAAGCCACAACAGGUUGCAGUUUAUCACGUGUUUGUUUCUUUUCCCAUUGACUGCAAUUGAACAAUAAUACGUUAUAAUCCUCUUGAAUAUAUAUCUUAAAAUCUUAAAUAUAUCUGAAAAUGCAUACAGUCAUUAAGAAUUCACUGUCAAUAAGUGAGAGCAGAUGAGCUACUUAGAGGACCACGCUAGUGUUUUUGCAAGUUUUGUCUUAACUACGAAAAGCAUACCAGAGUUUUGCAUUUUUAAAUUAGUGUUUCUUAAUUGUUUUCAGUCGUAUGUGAAUGAUAUUAAAAGUAUAUACAAUGACUUGGAUUUCGUUUUAUUCAUAAAACACCAUGUCUGCUUUUAUUGUUGUUAAGGUUAAGUUAUCAAUGUGAAGCAAUGCAAAUCAAAAGUGUGCCCUACGUUACCACUUGCCUUCGACAAUAAUAAAAACAGACAUUGUGUGUAUUGGGAUGGAUUACUCACUUGUAUCUCAAGCAUUAAUCUGUACAUUUAUUUUACCAUAGUAACGGAUUAGGAUUAACAAAAACAAUGGUAGGAUCCUUAAAUUUGCUUCUUCACAUAUUUAAAAACAUUACGAUCAAGUUUUAUACUCAAACAUGCUCUCUCAGUCAAGCAGAAAACAGGUGUUUUAUUAUAUUUAUCACCCAAGUAUUUUAACGUGCGGUGGUGUAGAAGCCAGAUAAACGUCCUUAAAACUCCUUCAAUUUAUACACACCUGGGGAGGCCGGGGUGUUUCUGACAUGUUCCACUACAAAGCUGGCGCACAGCUCCAGUGCAUAUCCAAGCCACAGAUGACACAAGCUAGCCAAUUUCAUGAACAACAAGAUAGUAGAGUCAACUGGAAUGAUGAUGAAUGGUCCAUGUAGCUGCUAUGAAGCUUUUUCAGGUGUUGUGAAUGUGUGCUUUAAACCCGGUUUGCAGACGCUGUCCCCAAAACUGCAGAAGUGAUUGUUUUGUUCUGUGGUCAGUGGGUGCAUUUUCAAGGGUGUGUCUGCCUCAGACAUAAAUGUACAGUUAUGAGAAUAUACUUAAAGCACAAGUGAUUGAUAAUGUGAUGUUCUGCUAUUGUCCAGUUCACUCCUGUGCAUACCUUGAGUAAGAAGUGUGUUGAAGGCAAAACUACAGGGACGAGGUUGAUGUAUGCGGGAAUGCUUUUGUUGUACUCACAUGUUAAGUUAUGUGCUUGUAAUGAUGGUGAACCAGUCAGCUGCAGACUAUGUCACAGCAUGUGAUUUCACUUUUUAAGGUUUUGCAAAAGACACAGAGAGGUGAGAUUCAGAUGCCUGCAAAGCUAAAGUUAGGGUUUAUUGUAACACUUUCCAUCCUGGAUAGUUUAACAUGAUACGUAUUAAUGUCAAUAACCUUGAAUCAGUUUGUUUGAAAUCCCCAUUAAAAGAGAACUAAUACUGGGUGUUAAUUAAUAUGAUUUGUGCAUAUGUCACCAUGAACGACUGUAUUUUAUUUCCAUUAUUUUCUGUUUUUUUAAAUUGUUUAACGAUUUUAUAUUCAAGAAUUCCAUGUUAUCUAAAAUUCUUCUGAAUGCAUAAUUCUCUGGGCAUUUUAAAGUCUGCUGUAUUCAAAAUUGACUUGUCAUUUACGAUGGGGUUUGUUUUACUUUAGUUUUUUUUCAAACAGUGGACUUUACAAUGUACGAUGUCAUUGACGGCUGCAUUGUUGACCUGUUUGAUAUGUUUUCUGACCUAACUGUAGGUUCAGCAUAGAGUAGUCACUAUUGUGGUAUAUAGUCAUCGUAUCAUUUGAUUGAGAGAUUGCAAAAAUUUCCAUAAACUGGUUAAAUGUGAA